AGGAUUAAAAGCCACCGCAAUUAAUUAAUCUUCAGAAAAUAAUCCCAAUUUCCGAGGUCAGCGUAGUCUGCUAAUUAAUAAUACUUGCGAUAAUUUAAAAAAUUAAUUAAACCGUUAAUUCCUCCAUUCAUUCACUUUCAAUAUAGGAGUCUGCAGAUUUUAAAUCCCUUUCAAUAUAAGUUUCUGCAGAUUUCAAACGCAGAGCCAUCUCACUAGAUCUAUCAAUCCCUUUUCAUUUCGGAUCGGAUCUCAAUUCUUAACAAAAAUGGGUUUUCUGAUACUGGCACUGAGAUGCUAAAAUGGUGAAAUCAGUAUGUGCAGGAUUUAUAGAUCCAUUUACGUGGUAUCAUGGCAAUUAGGGUUCAUGACUGUUAUUUAGGUACCUGAGCUUAAGAGGCUAUAAUUUGUGUGUGUUAUGAAUCAGAUUAGUCAGCAGUUGCAGUAUCGGUAUUCUUUUCCCCAGGCCAAACCGUUUGUGUUUCAUCUCUGGUUUCCUUUUAUAUUACUAUGUUUCGCCAACCUUCCAGCCGAAACCAAAGAAACAAGGGAUGGAAAGUUAAACAUGCGUUUCAAAUAGCUUUGCUGCUUGCUGUAUCGAUAUGGUUGCUUUAUCAACUCAAACAUUCCAAUCAGAAGAGGAAUAGUGAUCAGCAGACUAACCUAAAACUCAGCCAAGAUAGUGAGAAUGAAGGCAUCAUCCUUGUUGGGCGUAAAGAGCAACCAGGGUCAAAGCAUUUGACACUAGAUGAUGAUAAAGCUGGAGAGGGAAUAAAUGAACAAGAGGGAGAUACUAAACCUGGUGAAAAUGAUACUGAAGAUGGAGGGGGUGGAGAUGAUGAGAUAGACAAACAUAAUGAAGAAAAGGAACUUGAGAGUUUGGAGAAACAUUUUGAUGAUGAAAGAGAAAAUCAGAGUAAGAGAGAAACUUAUAAGGGAAAUGAAAGUUCAGAGGAGCAUGUGCAUGAGACGCAAACUCAUAAUGAAAAUGAGGGUUUAGAACACGGACAUGUAGGAGACACAUGGACUAAAAGCAUGAGUAAUGAAGAUGAACUUCAGAAGUCCUCUGAACUGGUAAUCAAUGAAGGAGCAGAAAAUAAGAGUGAUACCCAAAAGGGUGUUGUGGAAGGAAAUAAUGGUUCAACAGAACAACACCCUCAAGAAAGAGAAAGUCAUAUUGAAACUGUUGUCAAUGGGGAUGAAUCUCAGAAGACCUCUGAAGAAUUACAAAAUGGAGAGGGGGAAAAUAAGAGUGCUGCACAAACAGUAGUUGGGGAAGAGAAUGGUACCCCGAAAGAAGUAGUCCAUGAUGACGCAGAAACCCAGACCGAAAAUGUGGGUCCAAAAGAAGAUACUCUUAAAGAGAAAGAAACCCAUAAUGGAAGUAUGGGUAAUGAUGAGGCAUCACAAAAGUCUUCUGAUCAACCACACAUCUCAGAGAGAGAAGACACGAAUCAAGCUCAAAUAGGAGAUGGCAAAGAAGCUGGAUCUUCAGAUAAUCCUCAGGCCAAAGAAAGUUCAAAUGAAGAAGGUAAGUCUGAAAAAUCUUCUGAUGAGAGUUACAUUAAACUAACUACGGAUGAAUCCCCUUUGCAGUCCAAUGCAACAGAGGAAGCUGUUCUUGAUCAAGGAACAAAAACACAUGAUUUCUCUGAUGAGAAUGGGGUUCCAAGAGAUGGUGAGGAGAUUGGAAAACUUUCAUUUAAUGACACAAGUGCCCAAAACCAAUUAGUAGUUUUGGAACAAGAAACCAUGUCCAGUGAUAUGUCUCAAAAUGUUUCAUCACUUUCUGUUCCUGAUAACCAAAAUGGAACUGAGACGAUGGGUAACUCAUCUCCAGAUAAUGAGACAAGUGGUUCGGGGGUUCCAGCCAAUAAUGGGACUCCAGAGGGAGAUGGGGCUCCAUCUCAAUUAGGGAAUGAAACUUCAAAGAUAGAAACUUUAAGCCAUGAGAUAGAAAUAUCAAAGAGUAAUAGAAAUGCUGAUCUGGAAGCCUCUGGUUUGGUGGUUGCCGAAGAAGAGAGAGAUGCUCCGAGAAACCUUGAUAUGCAGACCCAAGUUGAAAACCAGGGGAAGAGCUCAGAAUAAGUCUUGAGGCAUUGAGGUUGCCAGGUUGGACAAUUUUAAGAGUAGUCUAGCUAUUCUCACUAAUUAUUUCGGAAUCGUAAGAUUCUUAAAUGUCGAUUUUAGAUAUCUGGUUCUUUACUCACUACUUUACUUGUAAGAUGAUGCUGAAUUGGAGGAUGGGAUUUUUUUUCUUGUCCUUAUUUAUUGUCAAAUUUUGGCAGUUGGGUUUUAAUUUUUUCUCAACCUGUCAACAUUGCAUACAAACUUAAUUAAUUUAUGGACCUGUCAUGUUCUCUUUC